AAGAUCAAGUCCGUUAGGGUCAAGCGAAAUGUCUGGUUCAUCAACCCCGCAUCAACGAAAGAAAAAGCGUCAGUUUGUGAAAAAAGCUAUAACAAAGAACAGAAUUACUAACAAAUUGAACUGGCUAGAUGAAAAAAGGAAGGUUCUUGUCAAUUCAGGCAAAGCUCAUACAUCUCGAUCCGGGAAACAUCAAAUGGCUAAACAAAUAAAGGGUCCAGCUUACUGUCGAUUAAAAUGUUUUGAAAAGUUUGAUAUGGUAGCUCGCCAAAAUAUUUUCAAAACCUUUUGGAAUCUAGGUGACCAUUCUCAGCAGUGGUCUUUUAUUGCGUCACAUGUGAAAGAAAUACGAAAAAAACAAUGGACACAGGAUUCCAAGAGGUUAAAUGUUUAUAAGCUUUUUUUGCCGCUUUCUUCUGAUGUUGGCCACAAACAGAAGAUUAUGGUAUGCAAAACCAUGUUUAAAAAUACGUUUUCUAUAAGUAACACUUUUAUACAAUCUGCCAUCGACAAACAUGAUAAAAAUACGGGUAUUUGUACCAAAGACAUGAGAGGCUUUCAUUCAAAUCAUCCAAUUAUUUUAAAUACUGCAAUGAAAGAAAAUGUAAUUAAACAUGUUCAAAGUUUUGCUCCUAUAGAAAGUCAUUACACGCGCAAAGACUCAAAUAAACAGUAUUUAGAUAGUGAAUUGACUUUUAAAAAAAUGUACAAGUUGUAUACUGAAUGGUGUAAAGAGCAGAAUAUAACUGAAAAUAUAGCUUCUUCUGUAAGACAAUACAAAGAUAUAAUAAAUAAAGAACUAAAUAUAGCAUUCCACGUUCCUAAAAAAGACCAGUGUGAUCUGUGUCAUGCAAUGAAAAACAGCACCUCACCUACCAAUGAUGACAAACUGAAGCAUAAGUCACACUUGGAUAACAAAAAACUUGCCAGGGAACUGAAAAACAUUGAUAAAAUUGAAGCUCAAUCGAAUACUUCUGAUAUUUGCACAGCGAUGUUUGACUUUCAAAAAAUUAAUAAUACUCCACAUGGCGAAAUCAGUGUGCUGUAUUAUAAAAGAAAAUUAUCAGUAUAUAAUUUUACAGUUUUUGAUGCUGGGUUAAAGGAAGCCACGUGUUAUAUGUGGGAUGAAACUGUUGCGAAACGUGGCGCCAAUGAAGUGGCUAGCUGUUUAUUUUCUUUCAUUAACAACAAGGUUAAUGCUGGUGUCAAAGAUUUUAGAUUCUGGUCAGACAACUGUGCUGGUCAGAAUCGCAAUCGCAUUGUUUUUUUUAUGUACUUGUAUGUAAGCAAUAAAUUUAAGGUAGAUGUGUGCCAUCGAUUCUUGGAAAAGGGCCAUACUCAAAAUGAGGCCGACAGCGUUCACGCAUUAAUUGAACGAACAUCAAAAAAUAAACUUAUUUACAUACCAGAUGAAUGGUACACACUGGUUCGCUGGGCGAAACAGAAUAGUCCAUCUUAUACAGUCGUGGAAGUGAAUCAAGACUUAGUUUUGGAUUUCAAAGCAUGGCUACAUACUAAAAACUGGAUAAAAGAUACAAAUACAGAGAAAAUUUCUUGGAAUAAGAUAAGAGAAGUAAAAGUCUUAGGGGAUAAUCCAGACAUUAUAGAAUUUAAGUAUGAUUUUUUUGAAGAUAAUUAUAGAAAACUGAACUGUAGUAAUAAUUUGAAAUUGACUAGAGGGAGGAAAAAGAAGGAGCAGGAAGUAAUACUAGAGAAAGUUUACAAUAAUCCUAUACCUAUUCCUGAAUUAAAAUACAAAGACUUGAUUAGUUUAUGCGAUACAAUGAUUAUCCCAAAAAAAUAUCAUGACUUCUAUGAAAAGAUUAAGCAUAGUAAGGAUGAACAGGGUAAUGACGAAGAAGACUGAUUAAUGAUUAAUAUUUUUUCUAUAAUAAUGUUAUUUUUAUAAUUUAAGUCAGAGAACGUUUAUAAUAAUUAUUAGGUAUAGUAAAACGAUGAAUCAGUCUGAAUAAAGCUGUGAUUUUAGAGAGAGGGUUAAUUAUCAAUCUUAGACAACUGUGAUUUUUGAUGUUUAGUUCCUACUUUAAUGAGACUACAAGUACCUAUUGUUUAGAUCCUUAGAAGGUUGUUACUUAACAAUAAAUAAUUUUCGAUUAUAAUGUUUGUUUAAUUAUUAAAACACAAUCCUGGUAAUUUUAUAUAAGGACAUGACUUUGUUUACAUUACAAGAAGUAUAAUCUUACCCUGAAUAAAUAAAACCGCGUAUAAAGCGAUAUGUCUUCAGUUAUGUACUUUUUUUGUUCAAGGGUGGCGAAUUUAGCAUGUUUAACAAAUCCGUUACAAUUUAAUAACAUAAUUCUACGUUUUCAGAAAUAUUUUUAUUUAAAUUUAAUUUUACACACUAUUUUUUUCUUUCCUGCGUAUAAAAAGGUAUCUUAGACAUGUCUGACAUACUUUUAUUCUAAUAUCAGCGUAGUAACGGUCAUCUAUCAGUUUUUCUAAGAAAAUAUAAAAGAAGAAAAUAUUUAUAUAUACCAUAAUAAAGUUCCUAAAGCUAAUAAAACAUAACAUAAUUUGUUUUUUCAUAAUUAUAAAUGGAAUUAUUUGUAGAGCGAUUUGAAGAUAGAUUACGCUCUCCUGAAAACCUCGGUUUUCGACAUGUCUUUAUUUACGUAGGGACCGUCGAUAUUGCUGUCUCCCUCUAUUUUCCUCGCUCAGAACUAUUUCUAGUUCUGCGAGCUAAUUCUAUAUUCCAUUGUCAAUGUUCAGGCAAUGUGAUGUUAUUGAAAAUGUUUUAAUAUUGAAAUGUAUGGCUAUAGUACAUCGUCAGCCACACGGUGGUACCUAUGUAUGUCCAAGUAUACAGUUUGUAGUGUAUAUAGUUACCGAUACUUCCUACGUAUAAUUAUAGCGUGAGGAUAGCAUCGAAGACAACCGUCAAGAAACUUCAUCGUACUUCUACCAAAGGUAAAACCUAGUCAAGAUAUUCGAGGGAGUCAAGCACCUCCUGAUGCUAUUUACUCAUUCAGUAUUUCCAAGUAGCUUGUAGCUCCAUGUACAGUAUGACUGCGCGUCUUGUAGCUGUAGCUUCAUGUACAUCUACAUAGUUACAAAUAUUUCUGUACUGUUUCUACAAAUCCAAGGAACAGUAUUGUAUAAAGUUCUAUCGAAGGACAACCGUCAAGAAACGUUUUGUAUCGCCAUUAUAUACGUGGAGCAACAAUAUGUUUAAUAUAUUCCUUUAUACAGUUAUAAAGCAAUCCUCGCUUUGCCUUUGUCUGUGUUGUAAGUGGACAGUAAAUUUUGGAAAUUCAAUGAAUUUUCCCGAUAAGGUACUCAAUCAGUACCUACUUCCAAGUGUGUAGUCUGUCACCUUGUAGACUACUACUUACAAAUAUUUUCCUCUCAUUUGAAAUAUUGUAAGAGAGUUGUAUCGAAGACAACAUAUACAAAGUUGUGUCGAAGACAGUCAAGCAAUGUGCUAGUGACAACCGCGCUUGUUCUAAUGUGUGCGUCGAUAUUUGUCGCGUGAAUUAUAUUGUCUUAAAUCUAAUGAUAAUGAUGAUGAUGAUGUUUUUACUAUAAGGGCUUGUGUCCAAAGGCCUCACGUUUGUUAAAUACUCAAUGUGAUAUAUCAAUACGUAUUAAAUAUUGAACAUUGCAUAGAUUGUUUCCAUUACGUCACGUAAGGUGUCCGAUGAGGUUUACUCAAUCAGUGUUUGUGACUAUGUAGCUUGUAGAUACGAUAUAUUUGUCCAAGUAUUGUCAAAGACAAUUGUCAAGAAACUACAUUUGUUGAACCUUCGGUUUGUCGUUAUCGCCGACCGUGUGUACCGAAGAAAAACCGUCAAGAAACUCGAUUGUAUUUGAAACAUUGUUCAGACGAUAGUAUCAGCUAGGUUGACACCGCUUGUCCAAUAAGACAACCGCAGUGAAUUAAAACUAAAACAUUAUAGCACUGACAGACAAGGGUAAACACAUUCAAGCAUACAUUUGUAUUGAAUACAACCGUCAAGAAACUCCCUUGUCCUCGAUUAUUUAACUAUGAUGUAGUUAUUUUUUUGGGAUUCUAAUCCUCAAAUUAUCGAAGUUAAGCAGAUGUUUGAAAUAACUGUCACCUCUUAGUACCAUUAUGUUCGAACA